CCUCUAUUGUGAAAUACUAUAACUCGAAUAAAAGUAUAUAGAUAUAUAUAUAUUUCGCUUAAUAUCAUGGUGCGCCAUCUAUACAAUUCAAAAUAUGGACAUAAUGUGAUUUCUUCAAAAAUCAAAUACGAUUGCUUUAUAAUUUUCAAUAACAAAGAUAUCUACAUCGUUCCAAUGGAUGAACUGACCAGCAACAGAUUCUACGAUGACUAAGCAAAUUUUUCUUCAAAGCGUAAAAGCUAAAGUAAAAUCAGAACUUUGGUGGUUUUUUGACAUUGUAACUUGAAAAAUUCCGUUAAAAAGAAAUGUCCAUGGAUGGAAAACGAUCUAUAAAAAUGGAUCCUCUAUCACCUGGACCUUGUUUAGACAUUAGCGAUGAUGAACUAGUAACUAUAUCAGUAAGAGAUUUAAACAGGCAGCUGAAAUUGCGUGGACUAUCUAGAGAAGAAAUAGUACGUAUGAAGCAACGUAGACGAACAUUAAAAAACAGAGGAUAUGCAGCUAGUUGUCGUAUCAAAAGAAUUGAGCAAAAAGAUGAAUUAGAAUCAGAGAAAACACAAGAAUAUCGUGAUAUGGAAGCUAUGCAGGAAGACAAUAAUCAUAUGAGAGAAGAAAUUGAAUCUUGGCAUUCUAAAUAUCAAGCAUUAAAAAAAUUUGCUUUAGAAAAGAAGAUUCACAUUCCACCUGAAUUAGAAACUAUGUAAAAUAUUUAUUUAAGUAUUUUAAAAUUUUGUAUUGAAAUAAUAAAGAUAUUGAACAAUUA